CUGUGACACAAGUAAUUAGUAGAAGAACAUUAACAUCUCACCAAUUCUGGGCACCCAUUUCUCUUCUGAAUCAAACCAUAUAGAUCCUCCUCUCAGUUUUCCCACAAAACCCAUGUUAUCAAAUUUCAAACAUACCCACUUAUGAAGGUCAAAGAUCAUAGCUUUGCAUUGGGUUUCAGUCUAGUUGCCCGAGCCCAUUGGCCUUGGCAGAGGCGACAGAGACUUGAACGACGACGCAGAAUCGGAAGGUGCCGCCAUUGAUUGGACUUAGUCGUCGGCUGGGUGGACUCGAUCGGUAACAUCCAAUCAAUGUGAGAACUCGCCGCUUGUGUAAUUAUUGUGUAAUUUAAUAUUAGAAAAUUGUGAGAACAAGCCACUUGUCCGAGUGUGGCUGACACCCCCCUAUAGAUUGAAGCACACCAGAAAACAGAGACGCAAAGCAAAGCAAUAACGCAAUGGCGGAGUUUGAAGUGAAGAACAAGCAAGUGUUGUUCAAAAACUAUGUCGAAGGCUUUCCCAAAGAGUCGGACAUGAUGGUUACAGAUGCUUCCACCAUCAGACUCAAAGUUCCGGCAGAUGCUCCCAAUUCCGUUUUGCUCAAGAACCUCUACUUGUCCUGCGAUCCAGUCAUGCGCAUCCUCAUGAGGAAACCUGGAGACGAAACUUCAUCUUAUUUUACGCCCUAUGCCCCUGGCUCCCCUUUGAGUGGGUAUGGAGUGGGUGAAGUUGUAGAUUCUGGGCACCCAGACUUUAAGGAAGGUGACCUUGUCUGGGGAACAACCAAAUGGGAACACUACACCUUAAUCACACAACCAGAAAGCCUCCAUAAGAUACAUUGUACCUCCAGAAAGCCUCCAUAAGCCUCCAUAAGUGUA